GCAACACCGGCCAAAUCAACAAGCGGCCGUACUUGUUCGAAUUUGAGAUAAAAUCAUAAAAUAAUUGUUUAUUCAAUUAUUUUCCUUACUUUUUAUUGCCAGAUAUACACAGUGAAUUCAUAAAGUGUUGGCUGAUUUGCCAUUUUUCUUUUGCAUGCGGAUUUAUCAUUGUUUUUCGCCUUAGUACAAGUGACAGAUGUUUCUACAAUAAAACGCGCCAGUUUUUGGUGAAUUAAAGUGAAGUUCCUCUAAAAAAAUGGAAGAACCCAGUAAUGAACCUAUUGAUAUUGAAUCAGCACCAGGAGAACCAGAUACUGUUAAAACGCCAUCUGAACCAGCUAUUCCAGAAACCAAAAAUGUCUCCCAAAAUCUUUUCCCCGACAGUCCUGUUUAUGAACCUGAAGAGGAUAUUACACUCCCAGAAGAAAAUGUUAUGGUUGAAACAACUAAAGAAGAACAAAAGCCAAAAGAUGAUAAUCAAACUAUAAAUACAAAAAGAAAGCUAUCAGAAGAAGCCCCUGACAGUAGUGCGAAAAUCCAAAAAUUAGACUUGGCGGAUGAAGAGAUUGCUGUAUCAACACAAACAUUAGAUGACGAAGUAUCGGAGAUUACGAGUGUAGCGAAACGCAAAUUGCAAGAUGAAUUACCAUCAACUUCGCGGGUUCGUACCCCAGGAAGGGCAAGUCCGAGAAAAGUGAGGAAACGAAGUGAAAGUGUUGACAAGCUUACUCCAAAAACACCAAAGACUCCCAAAUCUCGAUCAGCCAGUGUUGACAUAGUAACUAAAGGCCGUAAAACGCCCCAGCGUAAAGAACUAUUAGAGCCGUUGAAACAAAAAAUAGAAGAGAAAGAUGUAGUUGUCAUUUCUUCUGAUAGUUCAAGUCGUCUUAGUGUAGAAUUCGUCGCAGAGAUACCCCCACCGAAAAUACCUGAGACAAUUGCUGAGGAAAAUACUCCAGAAAACCUUGAUGACUCACAAAGUUUCCAUCUAUUAUUAGACGAAAGCGAAAGUUCUAAUGAAGAAAAACCUAAAGAUGUAACUGAAGUACUAAACAAAACCAUAGAACCAGUUGUUAUACAAGAUAGCAACGAAGAACAUGUUGAUCCUGUCGUGAUAAACGAACCCAAAAACGAUGAACUAAAUGAGGAAUUUAACAAUAAAUCGCAAAUAACAAAAGAGUCCAAUAGUGGGAAAACAACUGAUCUAGAAAGUACUGAUAGUGUAUGUUCUGGUAUAGACAGCCCCGAAAAUCUUCCAACUGUGGCUUCGAAAUUAAUUUCGAAGUUAUCAAAUGGAAAUUCUUCUACACCAACAGAAUUGAACACCAAACUGGGUGAUGAUGAUGUUACACCUGAUAUGGCUAAAUUGAAUGGCAAUAAGGGCAAAAGGGGCAAAAAUGAAUCUUUCAGAGUCAGCAACGCAACAACUCCUUCGACCAUAUCUCCUUUGCAAAAUGGCCACUCUUUGCCAAUAAAUACACCACACAUACCAGUUUUUGAUGUUCAUGUCAGCCACAAUGAAGAUUGCGAAUUUCUGUCUUUAUACGUCGUUCGAACUGACAAUGACGUGGGAUUGGAUAUGUGUAAAGAAUACCAAAGGAUUUCCAAGAGAUUUACUAUUGAUCCAUAUCUAGCUGAUGUUUCAGUCAACAACUCCCCAUCCAGUGUUACCAGUAUGGGAAUGGUGAAUUUGCCCAACAGAUCCUCAUUUGUUUCCACUGUCAGCUCAACAUCAUCUUCUAGUACACGAACAAGCGACGGAGCGUUCGUAGUUCCUCAACCACCGCGAAAAUCCGUUUCAAACCCAUCGUCUACCGUCAAAGGAUAUGAAGCCCUAAUGAAGAAACUGCAAGACUUAUUUUCGCAUAUCCGAGAAACGUCUUUAUCAGAAGCUAACCGUUCGAUGAAUGACGAUAAAAUAUCUGUGGGGAUUCAAGCUUCUUUAUCAAAUGAAACGGUUUUCAGCAACGGUAACGCAAGUCCCGAAGAAGUUAACAAAUGCGACAAAGCGACACCGAAAAGUUCUUUGAAAAAACGCGUCAGAGGCCGGCGGCCUAUAGCAGGGAAGACCAAACGGGCCUUAUUGCCAACUCAACACGAAGAAGUGGAAUACAUGCACGGGAUGAAUUCUCCCGAAAUGGUGCCAACUAAUGGUGAUAGUGGGAAGAUUUCGCCUGUCAAAUCGCCGAAAGAGGAAAAACCACUGUCCACUUUAAUCGGAACUCCGAAAUCAGUUACCAAGUUGAAGCAGAAGAAAAGACCUACUUCGCCAAGACCUGCCACACCGGUUGAAAAGGCUGUAGUGAAAGUGGAAUAUCCCGGUUAUCCACCCGAUACUGUUGUUUUGGCAAAGUGGGUGGACAAACGUUACUAUUCCGGCAAAGUAUUGGAAAUUACUGAGCCGAACAAAUACUUGAUCAAAUUUGAUGAUGGUCAGAGCAAGACUUUGUUGGACGACUUCAUAAUUUUUGGGGACACUAAGAAGUUGCCGCUGCAAGGACAGUCGGUGUAUGCCAUGGUUGACGAAGAACAGAAUUAUGAACCAGGUCUGGUGCUGGAGUCUGAAGAAAAUGAGAAUGGCACAGUAGCGUAUCGAUGCACAACUGAUGGCGAUACAAUAGUGAUGGUAACAGCCAGCGAGCUGUACCUCACCGAGGACCAAGCGCGCUCGCUCAAAGACUCAGCUCGCUCCCGUUCGCCUACCUCGCCCGCCACGCCGCGCCGCCGACACAACAGGGAGUUGGACCUCGACAACAUUAUACACGGCCCGAGAAGCGCUAGAAGUCGAGAUAAGGGAACCUCAAGUGCCAAGAAACGUGUUACGUCACCAAAGAGUCCGAAAGCUUCUACCUCAGGGUUAAAAACUAAGAGCACUCCAGUGGGUCGCAAACGCCUCGCCAGUGAGAGCAGCGAGAUGAGCGAAAGUAGCAACUCAGCGCCGCCGGUGAGGCUGGAAGAGGUCGCUGGGGUUGAACCCGAGGUGCAGAGGACCCCGCGAAAGAUUGAUGGGGUCAAAGCCGGUCCACUUCAGCUGAAAGGCGCGGCGAAGCAGAACAUAGGCAAGAAGAACUCCAAGCUGAACAAAUUUGAGAAUGACGAGGACACGGUGUCGACACUCGGCCCCAUCCCCGGGGUAGACAGCAAACUGUUCGCCGGCCUGUGCUUCCUGCUCACCUGCACCGAGCCGCCCAAACCUGCCAAAUCAAAGAAAGAGCAAAACCAGGAAACCCGCCACUACUCUUCGGAGGAGGAUAGCGAGACCACGUCCACAAUGGCGGGCACGGACACCGAAGACCUGGAGUUCUGCAACCGGCCCUUCAACAAGGAACGCCUUAAGGAACAGCUGGAAGCUGGCGGUGGCACUGUUUACAGCCAUUUCGACGACGUGCCAAAGAACAAGUACCCCAACUGCAAACUCAUAGCGCCACGCCCGUGUCUGACGGCCAAGUACAUCCAGUGCCUCGCCGCCGACAUUCGCGCCGUGUCCCACGCGUGGGUCAUCAUGAGCUGCAUAAACUGUCGCCUGAUGGACGUGGACGCUUACAUCCUGCCCUCCGGAUAUUCUAUACUGAAGAAGAAAUAUAUGAACUGGGUUCAGUCAUCCGGCAAACGCAACACAACAUUCCUCAAGGACAAAGUGAUCCUCCUGUGCGGUGACCAGGACAUGUUCGUCAAAUUCUGGGAAUGUGUCUGCACUUUUGCCGGAGCCACCACUAGAGUGGUCAACGAGGAAGAUAUAAACACCACCGGGGCAUCAGUACUGGUCACCGACUGGGACUGUCCCCACGAGAUCCAGAAUAAGGCUAACCAGGAUAGCAUCCCACUGGUGUCAACGACCUGGGUGGUCCAGUGUCUCAUCGAAGCGAGAUUCAUCGCACCCACCUCCCACGAUAAGUUCUCAUUUAUGUAUGCGGAGCCAGAAUGAUCCUGGGACUUCAAAAAAGUGCUCAUUAUACGUGAAUAUUGACACAUAGUGAGUCAAGCGACAUGUGGACGCUUUCUAGUGGUUUAGUGUAAAGUGAUGUGCUUGCGUUUUCAAUGGAGUUUGAUUCGGCUGUUUGAUUUUGGUGACAAAUACUAUUAUGAACAUUUUUGUAUGGAAAAGUGGUAUCUAUGGGUAGAGGACACAUACAAACUAAAAAUGUUAAGUGACAUGUUACUCUAGGGUGUCACGUUACUGAAAUAAAUUGACCGAGUUAAAGAUCGACAUAUACUCAGAGGCACAGUUAUUCGCCCACUUUUAUAUGACGCGAAUAUAUUAAAGUGGGCGGUUCAUUGAUAUUAUUAUUAUUAUUAUGAUCACUACUCAUAAUAAUAUACAUCAUUUAAAAUUGACUAUUUAUGUACUUUAGAUGUCUUGGUCACGUCACACAGGCAGCGUGACGGUGUUCACGCUGCCUAACAAACAACUGAGCUCAAAUCAUCAAAUACUCUCUUAUUUAUACCAUCACUGUUGCAAAAACUUCGUACAAAAACCUUUAAAUUAAAUACAAAUUAAAUAAGUUCACUUUACAGACUAUAUUUGCAAUUUUUACUAGUCUGUGUCCUCUACUAUUUUCAAUGUGUGCCGCGAUUUCGAAAAAAAAGAAAAUGGCGGCAGGUCGAUUAAGACCUUUGUCUCACUUUUUUGUUGUAAUUUAUGAACGUUUCACAAAAAUCAUGAUUUUUUUACAAUAAUAUUAAGGUAGUCAUUUUUUUAAAUUCUAUUAAGUUUAUUUACAUUAAGUUACUAGUGAUGUGAAAGAUGCUGACAAAAUCAUGUAGUGUUUUAUGUUUGUUAUUUUUUUCCUAAAUAGUGUAAGGUAUGCUAUUUGCUUUGAAAAUGAUUUUUAUUGAUCAUUUUUACUGUACAUAUUUUUUUGUUUUACAUAAAAAAAAUGUCAAAUUAGGAAAAUAGAUUUUUUUCCUUGACAAUGACAUGUUUUCCGAUGUGGUCACAAACAAGCACUAAACUUAUAUUUAAAAAAAUAUAUUUUAUUCUAUAUUUUUCAGAGUUUCAUGCCAACAUUUCAAUAGAUUCAACAUUCCUUAAACAUAGUAUAUAUAUGACGAACAGAUUUUGAUGAUUCAAGAGCUUUGAAAGGCCUACUUGAAUAUACUAAUGUUAUGACAUAUUUCUAUGAUAAAUAUACUUAAAUUAUAUAAUAAUUCGUCAUAUUAUUAUAAAGAUUAUGAUUAUAUAACUAUUUAAUGUGACAUUUUCUACAUACAAACGUUUAUGUAUGUCAUAAGUAUGGUCUAUAGAUAUAAUCUGUCAUGCCAACAUAUUCCUUUACUGAUUAAAUGUACAAGACUUUGACUUAGAUGUAUUAUAAAAAAAUACUUUAAUUAUUUCUAUCCUUUUCACUCACAUUAAUGAAUUCAUAUGUGGGAUAAGGAUCAGCAGUAUUUAAGUAUUUUUUUUUCAAUAAUGCUAUUAGUGGUAAGGUUUAAUUAAAAUGUAUGCAUUUAAUGUUAUUGCCUACGUCACAUUUUUGGAAAAGUCAGAAAACAAUCUAUAGAACUUGUAAUAGCCACACUUACCUCAUUUUUUUCAAGUUCAAAAUUAGUCAGUCAAAGCUCCAAUAGGCUAGUUGACACUUUUUUUUGUAAAACGGUCUUAAAUUGUUCAUCAGUGUUCUACAAGAUUGAAAAAUUUUUUUUAGGACAUGAAUAUUGACAGUACAAGCCAAAACGAUAUUAGCCUAUGAUGGUCUAUAUUUUAACUAUUCUCUUCUUCUUCUAACUAUAUAUUGUGACGUCACGUUAACACUAAACCAAACGAAGUGUUUGACAAAAUUAUUAGUUAAUAAUUAGUUUAGUGACAUCAAGUAACAUCGUGACGUCACAAAAUGGACGACAACGUUUUUGACGUUUGGUAAAAUACAUAAUUUUUAAAUUAAGUUUUCUAUGAAAUCCUUAACUUUUAUUAAUUGAUAUUAAUAUAUUUUGAACCCUUAUUCCAUGUAAAACACUUAAUUAAUAUUGUUUAUAAUAAAUUUGAUAUGAGUCAACUUCCCUAAUACGGAGUUUGAACCAUUUUGGCUUUAGAAGUUAGGUAGGAAGGAGGUUUAAAAUCCUCAGUCGAAAUGAGGUAAGUGUGACUGUCGCAGGCCAGUCCAAUAUGUGACAGGCUUUAAGAUGUCAAUGUUCUCUUGCAUCAAAGAAUUAAUGUGUUUGUAUGUGAUUAAUAUAUAAGUUUACAUGUAAAAUAAUGAUAUUAGGUGUUAUUAUAGUGUUAUAAAAUGCUACUAUGACUUGUAGGUGUAUAAGACUUUUCAGUGUUCAUAUAUCAUGAAAAUUCCCUAUUCUCCCACUAAGGAGUAAAGGGAUUAUUAUUUAUUACGUAAUAAAUGUUUUCCUGAGACUUGAGAAUCAACUUAGUAGUCCAUGAUGGCUCAGUUUGAUUGAAUUCAUUCAUGAAAUUAAAAUGAAAAAAGUUCGCAAAAUCAGAUCACUGUUUAACAAUCCUAUAAAAUGGUAUACUUAGAAUAGAUGUUUAAAGUUUAUCAUACCAAAUGUAGGUUAGAUUAAAAUGUAAGACAUUUUAUGUUUUCUCUAUUUCUUGUGGCUAUUUGAGGUAAAAUUAAAAUGAAAUCAAAUCUAUGAGGCCAGAUUAAAAUAAAAUCAAAUCUAUGUUUAAGGCCUUACCUACUCUAGGGUGCGCCUAUUAAAUACGUCACACGUUAAGGGGCAGAGGAAGAGAUUGCCGAAGUUUGAAAUUGUAAUUCAAAUUAUUAGACUCUUUAAAGGUCAGAUAUAAACUAUAAUGACCGAAACUAUGGGUUUAACCUGCUCUCUGGGGCACGGUAGAGUAACGCCAUUCACUUCCCAGCUCCAGAUAGGAAGUUUUUAUUGAAAAUUUGUUCAAAAAAUGUAAGAUAUCUUCUUAAUCUGACCCAAGAUUCGAACCAAGGACCUCGUAAUCCGAAGCCAAAUUGGCUAACUACUAAGACCACGGCAGCUAAUAUGUAAACCUCAAAAAUUCAAGAAAAAGAUAAUCCAUGUCACUAACUGUACUGUAAUGUAAGUUUCAACUACAUUACGUCUUACGCUAGUUAACGUCUGGAUUAUGUCGUUAUAUAAAAAUAAAUGUCUGACUCGGACUGCAUAGUGUUUCCGCACUAAAAUCUUAAAUAUUUACAAAUUGUUCGUAUUUCGAUGCUCUAUUUGACAUUUAUCAUUUCUCUUAGGUUUUAGUAAUUGAAAAAAAAAUGUAUUAAUUUUGGCACAACAUGGAAUUUCAAAAAUUCUAUUUUCUACAAACAGUAUUGUUUAAAAAUUAUCUUAUAAUUUAUACGUAGGGUACUUUCAGUGUUAAUAAAUGUUAAUAAUACUAAUUAGUACAUAAUUAAAUUAGAUGUAACUUAAUUAAAUUUCAUUAUUAUUAUCCAGACAAAGUUACAAAAUAGAUUGUUUCUAGCUACCAAACUGUGUAGUUACUAAACUGUGACAUUAUUUUUCUAAAAAAAAAAAAUAAAGGUGACGAGUUAUUAAAAAGUAUGUGCGAUAAUUCGCGUACCAAAUAAAAGGUCCUGGCUUCGAUUCUCAGCUGAUGCUAAUAUUGGAAACAUCAUUUGUUUUGCCUGGUACUGGUACCUGAGGUGCAUUUUUGCAUGGGCCGCUUAAAAGUCCUAAGUUCUAUUCUUAGCUUAGAUUUAUUUACAAAUUGCUUCAGGUGGAUUAUUUUUGGUCUUUGGCCGUGAUUGUUCAAUUUCUUAACUGCAUGCUGAGAAUUGUUACUAUACAAGAUAAAUAUCUUCAAAUCUCAUCUAGUAUUAGGAACGUCUAUGUAUUGAACUAUGAAACUAUCAAUGUAAUGGUAAGAACAAAAAAAAAUACUAUUUAAGUGUAAAACUGUGUAAAUUUUCGAUUCAAUUUUUGACAUGUUGGUUAUUUAUAUAAAAUUUAAUGUGCUGCUAUGAUCUGGCGUGAAAUGUACAUACUAAUAUAAUAUAAUAAUUAUUAAGAUGAUAAAUGUUAUGUGGAAUUCGAUUAAUGUAUUGCUUACGUCACAAUUUCGUACACAAAAAUAUCGAAAAUUAUUGUGUAACGCGACUCGUUAUUCACAAAUCAUACGGUGGCCAUGGAAUUUUCCAGAAUAGCUCAUGUAAUCAAUUAAUCAAGGUUAUAAUCUAUCUUCAUUCCAAAUUUCGGCCAAAUCGGUUCAGCAAAGGCGUGAAGAGGUAAACUCUAAAACAUACUAUAAUAUACAUAUAUGUAUAUGUUCUCAAAUGUUUAAUCCAUAAUUAAACAGGUUUUCUUUUCAAUGAAUGACAAAAUUUAAAUAAUCAAUUCAUUCCAGUUUUUUUGCUGAAAAAGUAGUUAUUUCGGGUGGGGAUCGAACCUAUAUCCCUCGGUAUACAAUUCGACCUAUUGACAGCGGAACUAUCGGUGCAUCAAAGUUGUCAUUCAUUUAUAAAACAAAAUUACUACUCUGUGGUUUUGAUUUAUUUUGUGACGUAACCAAUGCAUGGUUUCUUAGGAGUCUUAUUUCUUUCUAACUUGUAGAAUAAUGAGGGUAGGUACGGCGUAUUUCUUCUUAUGUCCCUUGGGCUGGAAUUUUCGAGCCAUUCAAAACUGAGCGUUAUUUUCAACGUCUUAGAAUCCAAUUGGUGUAAGGCAAAAGUUCUGUCGUUUCACUUUUCGUUGAUACUAACUAUAAAAAGUACUUUAGUGCUAUUUUUCAUAAUAUUAAAUCGAUUGUGAUUAUGUAUCAUGACAUUGAAAGAGCGCCAUCUAUUGUCAGUUUUCUCGUAUUGUAACUACGUAUACGCCAUCUAGUUAGGAGACUUUGAAGUUAUUUUGUAUGGAAUUGAAAGAUACGAAAGAAUUUAUUCUUCAAUCAUUUGUACUAUUAGAUUAGUAAUUCAUGAAGAAGGUCGUCAAGAUAUAAAGAAAAUCGACAGAAUUUUCCUGUACACCGAAAUUCUAUACCUCCAACUUUAUGCUGUAGUCAUUUUUCUCUUAUGUACUUUGUAUACAUCGUGCUUUGAUUUGACAACAUUUUACAUAUUUACCUUUUGAAUUGAGGCAGGUUUAAAUUUGUUAUUUUACCGGCUUUAUCGCGAUUUUUCGGUAUUUCGCAAUAUUUGUCGAGUAUCUGAGAAAAUUAAAAAUUACACCAAGAUUCAACAAAUUACACCUGUAAUAUGUAGGCUAAAAUUAUUGACAACAGAUAAAAAAUAAAUAAAAAUUGAUAGCAUAUGAGCUAUUAAAAAAAACUCUAAAUGCAGUGAAAUGUUGUCCUAAUAUAGAGAUAGUAUACGCUAAUGUUUUUGUUGCAUUUUCUUUUUAUUAUUGUUUUUUUUUCUGGUUUCUUCUAUGGUAUUUCUAUUUGAUGUUCUAUUAUGGGUAUCUUUUAUAAGACUUCAGGUAGACAUUGUAUGUGUGUUAUUAUGAUUAAAUUGAUAGAAAUGUGUAAAAA